AUGCAAUUGCGUAGUGGUCGUGUUAAUGCGUUUAGUGCUAGUACCUUUGCCAUGGACCCUUCUCAAAUUAAAGUUUUCACCCGACAGUUGGUACAAUUACAAAAUCAAUCAACAAGAGCUCUAACCGCUAGGUUGAACACUCUUGACCCAACCCCAUACUCAACUGAAGCUGAAAACUCUGACGCUUCCAUUAAUAGACCUCAUCGUCGUUCACAAGGUGGUCGACACCACGCCAGACAUGAUCGUAGUGAGGGAAAUCUAGCUCGUGGACGCAUCCUAGUGUAUUCAAUCAAUGGGUUAGAGAUAUGGAUCGCUUCUUUGCCUGAUAUGGGGUUCCGAAAGAUCGAAGGUGUUGAGGACCUUCUAGAGAGGCGUUAUGCUCCCCCUGUUGGGAGCUGGGAUGAAAUGAAGCGUCGCCUUCAAGAAAAAUAUUUACCUCAAUCUUACAGGGGUAACUUGUUAGAUCAAUGGAACGCACUUACGCAAGGCAAUCGACCUGUGACCGAAUAUCUUGCUCAGUUUGAUGAGUUUCGAAUUGGAUGUCAAGUCGUUGAGGAUGAGGUCAUGACUUUGAGUAGGUUUAGGCAAGACCUAAGGGAUGAUCUUAGACGUGAGCUUGUCCUUAGAGGCGUCACCACUCUCGAUCACGCCUACUCUUUCGUUCGGGAUUACGAGUUAGUGAUCAGGACACAGUAUAAAAAUCGUAGUGACUCCCGCACUGCAACCUCUUCUGCAUCCACUCCAUCCCCUAACUCUAUUCUAGGACUUCCUCCUUCUAAUACUACCCCCACAUCGGAUAGCAAAGGUCGAGGUUCUGAGGUUUCAAGAACGUCCUCUCGUGUGCAAUGCUUCAACUGUAAGGGUUUUGGUCACAUUUCUUCUAAGUGUCCUAGCCGAGCCCUAGUUAUGGAAGAGCCUGAAGGUAUUGUCGACGAACCACUAGAGGACCAGGUUUAUGAGCCUAAGUUAGAAGAGUUUGAUGACUUGGAGGAUAGUGAAGAUACCUUCUUAGGUUGUAUUCAGGCUAGUCCCCUUAUUCCACAUACACCUAGAGUUGGUGUCGUCCAUUGCAUUCUUACCCAGCCUAGGGAUGCCGAUGAUUGGUGCCGUCAUGCCAUCUUCCACACUUACAUCAAGAUUAAUAACAAGUGCUGUAAAGUUAUCGUAGAUGGUGGCAGCUACAUUAAUGUGGUUUCGAUGGCUACUGUAUCCCAUCUAGGGUUAAAGUCUGUUCCUCACCCUCAGCAAUACAGUGUCUCUUGGAUUCACCUUAACCCUUUACCCCCAAAUCCUGUUGGCCCACUGGAAACGAAGAAGAGUGUGGAACAAAAGGGAUUGCAUAUCAUUAGUCCUACGGAGUUUGAGCGUACACUUGUUGGUGACUCAAUUGUGUUCGCUUUGGUGGUCAUGGAGGUUUUACCCCACUCCACCAUAGAGAGUCCUGUUGAAGUCCAGUCAAUCCUCCAAGAGUUUCGAGAUGCCUUUCCGGAGGACCUACCUGAUCAUCUACCUCCUCUACGGGAUAUUCAACAUGCCAUGGAUUUCGUCCCAGGGGCAUCCCUUCCAAAUUUGCCUCAUUAUAGGACGAAUCCUACCGAGCACGCUGAGCUUCAAAGGCAAGUGGAUGACCUCCUUCACAAAGGAUUCAUUCGUGAGAGUUUAAGCUCGUAUGCUGUCAUCGCCCUAUUGAUGCCCAAAAAGGACGGUUCUUGGAGGAUGUGUGUGGAUAGUCGUACGAUCAAUAGGAUCACGAUGAAGUAUCGUUUUCCCAUUCCUAGACUUGACGAUAUGUUGGAUAUGAUGGUUGGUGCCACAAUCUUUUCGAAGAUUGAUUUGAAGAGUGGAUACCAUAAGAUUCAAAUUCGCCCAGGUGAUGAGUGGAAGACUGCGUUUAAAACGAAAGAUGGUCUUUAUGAGUGGCUGGUCAUGCCUUUUGGGCUAAGCAAUGCGCUAAGUACCUUUAUGCGGGUAAUGACGCAAACUCUUCGACCUUUCAUAGGUAAGUUUCUUGUUGUCUACUUUGAUGAUAUCCUCAUCUAUAGUAAGACUAAGCAGCAGCACUGUGACCACCUCACACAAGUUUGCUCUACCCUUCGUGUAACUAAUCAGUAUGCUAACGUCAAGAAGUGCUUUUUCUUCACUGAUACAGUCGUUUUUCUGGGGUUCAUUGUCUCUUCGACAGGAGUAUCUGUUGACCCUGCUAAGGUUCAAGCUAUUAUUGACUGGCCUGAGCCUAAAGCUAUUCAUGGAGUCAGGAGCUUUCACGGCUUAGCUACAUUUUAUCGUCGCUUUAUCAAGGGGUUUAGCAUUAUUAUGGCGCCUAUCACGGAGUGCAUGAAGAAAGGGGAGUUUCAUUGGACACAAAAGGCGGCUAAGGCCUUUAAGUUAGUCAAGAAGAGAAUGACGGAGGCUCCUGUUAUGCGUCUUCCCGACUUUUUCAAAGUCUUUGAAGUUGAAUGUGAUGCCUUCGGGGUAGGUAUAGGCAGAGUCUUGAGUCAAGAUCGUCACCCUAUUGCCUACUUCAGUGAGAAGUUAAAUGAAGCCAAACAAUGGUACUCAACUUAUAAUAAGGAACUGCCUACUCAUUUGUUUCAAAACAAAAAGGAGGGCGUGGAAAACCAAGCAGCUGAUGCAUUAAGUCGUCGUGUCUCCCUUUUGUCGAUCAUGAGUGUCAAGGUCAUCGGUUUUGAAAGGUUUAAGAAAGAUUACGAGGCAUGUCCCGAUUUUAAAGAUAUCUUUCUUGAUUUACAAAGGGGACAAUCAGCCGCCAAAGAUGGCUUCUGCCUUGAGGGGGGUUAUCUCUUUAGAGCCAAUAAAUUGUGCAUCUCUCGAACUUCAGUGCGAGAUUUCAUAGUGUGGGAAGUUCAUGCGGAGGGUAGCCGGUUACUUUGGACAUGA